AUGGGAAACAUGUCAAGCGAGAAGACACUACAAAACAACAAGCAUGCAGAUGACCUCGACGAGGGCGCUGUGCAACAGAUUCAAGAGUGCUUUACCUUUUCGUCCACCGCAGAGAAAAGACUCGUCCGAAAGAUUGACAUUAUGAUCCUCCCUAUUAUGACAUUUGCCUAUAUGAUGGCCUUCCUAGAUAAACAAGCCCUCAGCUACACGGCCAUCAUGGGCCUGCGAACAGAUCUCAACCUCAAGGGAUCCGAGUAUAGCUGGUCCGGCAGCAUAUUCUACUUUGGCUAUCUGUUCUUCUCAUAUCCAGCCUCUAUUCUCCUGGUCAAGUUUCCGCUGGGGAAGUAUCUGGCCUGUAACUUCAUGCUAUGGGCUAUUGUUCUGGCUUCCCAUGCCGCCACGACCAAUUUCGCCGGGCUCAUGGUGGCCCGUUUCUUCCUGGGAUGCACCGAGGCGAGUGUCUCCAGCGGUUUCAGUCUGAUUACUUCGCUGUGGUACCGGACGUCUGAGCAACCACUCCGACAUGGGAUCUGGUUCUGUGGGAAUUCCAUCUCAAUGAUCAUAGGGAAUCUCGUUGCAGUGGGAAUCUGGCAAAUCAAGACUGGUCUGCAGUCUUGGAAGUGGCUCUUCAUCAUCUUCGGCAUCAUCACCUUCCUCUGGGGCAUCCUGAUGUUCUUCCGUCUCCCCGACACACCCAACACAGCCACCUUCCUCACAGAAGAAGAGAAACUCCUCGCCAUCGAACGCCUCAAAGCCAACAAAGCCGGAUACAAGCGCAAUAAAAUCGACACCGCCCAAAUCAUCGAGGCCUUCGUCGAUCCCAAAACCUGGCUGCUGGCCGUCAUGAUCCUGGGCUUCAACAUCCCCAACGGCGGAUUCACAACGUUUUCAAGCCUCAUCCUCUACGGCUUCGGCUUCUCGACCUUCAAGACCUUGCUGCUGGGUAUGCCAGUCGGCGCUGUAAUCCUCGUCUUCGUCUUAUUCUCUUCCACCCUAUCCUCCAAAAUCCAAAACUGCCGCUGCAUCGUCAUCGCCGCAGUAGGCUGUAUCAGCAUCCUAGGCAGCGCCCUCGUCUACGCCACCGAGUCCAUCGCGACGCGGUACGCCGGCCUCCUCCUCAUGGGCGUCUACUCUGUUAGCAUGCCUCUGUCGCUCGCAAUGGUUGCCUCGAAUAUCGGCGGGUUCAGUAAGCGGGCGACUGUCAGCGCAAUCUAUUUCGUUAUGUAUUGCGCGGGGAAUAUUGUUGGGCCGCAGUUGUUUUUUGAGAGUGAGGCGCCGAGGUAUCAGAGUGGGUUUCAGGCGGUCAUUAAUCGGAGGAGAGAUAGGGUUGCUGGGCCUGUUAACGACGCCGAAAAGCCCACGGAGUUGGUGGAUAUUACUGAUCUGGCGAAUAUGCAGUUCAGGUAUGUCUACUAG